UAUGAGAGGGCCACACCCUUUAGUAUAUAGAAAAACGUUUUUUAAUUAAUGUGUUUAAUAAUUUAAAUGAUGUUUUUUUUGCAGAUACGGGAUCAUGUGUGAAGUGCCCAGAAGACCAAUGGCCAAAUGACUAUAGCCAGUGUGUUCCCAAACAGAUUGAAUUUCUCUCUUACAGGGAUGAUCCUAUGUCCAUUGUUGUAUCUGUGAUCUCUGCAUUUUUCUUUGUGAAAACAUCAAUCAUUCUGGGCAUGUUCAUAAUAUACCGAGACAGUCCAGUCAUCAAAGCUAGUAAUCACAACUUGAGUGUCCUUUUACUGGUCUCCAUUAUGCUGAGUCUACUUUGUGUAAUAUUGUUUUUAGGCCAUCCAGUACGUGCCACCUGCAUGCUUCGUCACACCUCCUAUGGCAUCAUCUGCUCAGUGGCCGUGUCCUCAAUUCUGGCCAAGACUCUUAUGGUCUACUCUGCAUUCAAAGCCACCAAGCCUGGAAGUUCCUGGAAAAAAAUUGUUGGAGUGAAAAUCACCAACUCUGUUGUCUUCAUUUGUUCUUUUAUCCAGGUCUUAAUUAGCCUAAUUUGGUUAUCCGCUUCCCCUCCAUAUCCAGAAAAUAAUAUUCAUUUGUAUCUGGACAAAAUUAUCAUUCAGUGUAAUGAAGGAUCUUUAUUGGCAUUUUCCAUAUUCCUGGGUUACAUGGGUCUUCUAGCAGCUGUGACAUUAAUUGUGGCUUUUCUUGCCAGAAAUUUACCAGAUAGUUUCAAUGAGGCCAAAUACAUCACCUUCAGCAUGCUGGUGUUCUGCAGUGUCUGGAUCGCUUUUAUCCCAGCCUAUAUGAGUGUUACAGGGAAGAACAGUGUGCUUGUAGAGAUAUUUGCUAUAAUUUCUUCAAGUAUUGGAAUUCUAGGCUGUAUCUUCUUUCCCAAAUGUUAUAUUAUUUUGAUGAGACCAGAUUUAAAUGUAAAAAAUACUCUAUUAAGGUGUGCUCAUCAAAGCCACUCUCCAUUUCUCUAAUAUCCAUUACUAAUCUGUAAAAUUCCUCACACAUCACUUUAAAAAUGUAAAAUAUU